UAACAAUAGCGCUAUACCGAAUAACGCGCAGGUUUGCCAAUGUUGUAAUAGUGUUGUGUGUGAACCAUGUAACCAGCAUCAUAUCUGUCCAAAAACAUUGUAGGAAACGUCAUGUAAUUUGAAAUUGACCCGGUAACCAAGAGCAAAGUCUGCGGAGGAUUUCAGAGUGCAUUCUAAAGCAGCUAUGCAAAAUAAUGGAUUUGUUUAUCAGUGGACAGCAGACACCGUACGGAGUGUAGUGGAAUUAUUUGCAAAUUUCAUACCAAUUGAAGCAAUGCCACGAGAGGAGCUGGUGGGAGCAGAAGGAGUGCGGCCAGAUCCAGGACCAGCUCCAGAUGCGAAUAUAAAUCCUGAAAAUGGGAACAACAACAACAGAGCUCGAAACAACAACAAUCAGAAUCCCUUAAUCAAUGUGAGAGACAGACUGUUCCAUGCACUUUUCUUUAAAGCUGCUUUGGCAUAUGCACGGACAUUUCCAAGACCUGUUAGGAGGGUGUUGGAAUUUGUUGUACUACUCAAGGCCAUUACAGCAUUUUUUGUUUUGGCGUACAUCCAUGUUGUUUUUUCUCGGACACCAACAAACUGUUUAGAAAAAAUAAAAGAUGACUGGCCUCGAGAAGGAAUCUUAAGAGUAGAAAUAUUAAGAAAUGGAGGAGAGGAUUACAACAUAGAAAAAUCUUAUGCUAAAGAAGAAAAACUCAGGCAGGAAAACUCAGCAGCUGAUCUGAGCACCGUAAUAGGAAUGCUUACAAGAGAUGGCUUUGUUAAUAUUGAGCCAUCAUCAGUUGAGGAAGUGACCCAAGAUCCAAGUGGCCUUUCUGAAACUGAUGUGGAGAACAAGACUUUAGAUGGAAAAAUUGUGAGCACUGAAAUUGAGAAUGUCAUAAACACGUUUGGUAAUACAGCAAGCAAGACAGGAACCACAAAUGAUACAGGCGAGAAAGGGAGUGACGUAGCUAUUUCAGCAACAGCUUGGGAUGGCAACCUUUCUGACACUAAUAAGUAUAUUCCAAGUGCUAAUGAAACCAUAAAGGAAGAUGCCGACAGUCCAUUGGCGAGUGAUAAAAUUAUUGCCCCGUUGAAAGAAUCUGUGUCAGAGGUUGAGAAGCUUGUGCGAGCAGUGUUCCCUGAGGAUGAAUACAUAGUGGAAUAUUCUCUAGAGUAUGGUUUUCUGCGACUUUCUCCUGGAACAAGGCAAAGACUAAAUAUACCAGUCAAAAUUGUUACACUAGAUCCAAACAAAGAUUCCUGUUUUGGAGAUGCAUUCAGCCGUUUCAUCUUAGAUGAAUUUUUGGGUUAUGAUGAUUUGCUAAUGGCAAGCAUCAAGACACUGGCUGAGCAGGAAGACAAUAAAGGGUAUCUCAGAUAUUUUAGUAGCAAGAUUGGGUCCAGUCACAACAGUGAAUUACAGAAUGUCAUCACUGGUGAACAUUAUCGAUUUGUUAGCAUGUGGAUGGCUAGGACAUCGUAUCUUGCAGCCUUCUUCAUCAUGUUAGUUUUUACUGUGUCCAUUUCCAUGCUGCUGCGGUACUCCCACCACCAGAUAUUUGUUUUCAUAGUGGACGUGCUGCAGAUGCUGGAGUUCAACGUGACCAUCACGUUCCCCGCCGCGCCGCUCCUCACCGUUAUUCUCGCUCUCGUCGGUAUGGAGGCAAUAAUGUCGGAGUUUUUCAACGACACGACUACGGCCUUCUACAUUAUACUAAUUGUGUGGAUUGCGGAUCAGUAUGAUGCCAUCUGCUGUCACACGUCCAUCACUAAGAGACACUGGCUGAGGUUCUUUUAUCUUUACCACUUCUCGUUCUACGCAUACCACUACCGGUUCAACGGGCAAUACAGCAGGUUGGCUCUCGUCACGUCGUGGCUAUUCAUACAGCAUUCGAUGCUGUACUUCUUCCACCAUUACGAGCUGCCAGUGAUCCUCCAGCAGGCUCAUAUCCAACACCUACUGUUGCGGACUCAGCAGCAACAGCAACAACAGCAGCAGCAACAGCAGCCGCCACCUACGCCACCACCUUCACCGCAGCAAGAGGCUCCGCCCUCACUGCAGCAGGGUUCUCAGGCGUCGCUCCCGCCACCGUCGUCUGCUGCUCCGGAGGCGGAAUCGUCGACAGCUGCCGAAGGUGAGGUGACAGGCGCCGCAGGAGGGAGCACGUCUCCGGCAUCACAGCAGCGAGAGCAGUCCGCGGGUUCCGAACAGCGCGGGUCGCCACGCGUGCAAUCAGUCUCACAGAGUCUACAAGAGGUUGAGGAGGAUCUUACGCAGUCUUUACAGGCGAGUACGUCUUCAUCUGAUGCAACCAGAGAUCAAACCACCAUCUCAGCCAGUGAUCGUGAAGAGUCCACACAGUCGCCGCUUAAUUCCUCAAAGUCAUUGCACCGAGAUGUUGGGGAGGAACAGCAGACGAGUCAGCCUGGUCAAGGAAAUACGGGGCAGUCAGCUGCUCAUGUGUCGUCAACAUCUCCUACCGGAGACGGAUCAGAAAAUGACCAACGACAAGUAGCGCACGGGCAGGAGCAGGAUCAGUGACGACAGAUUCCCAUUUUACCUCUAACAUAGUUCCUGUGCUGAAUACAAGCAGGUGCUCGUCGUGCUGAAUCACUUCUCAAGAAGACGGAACUUUCGCCUAUGGGCAACACGGGAAUUGCGACACUCUUCUCACAAAUGAGCUGCUGUAAAUACUCUGAUGCUAUUUGCUACAGUGACUUACCACGUGAUACGUGGGAGCGUUAAAAGCGGGAUAUUUUGAUAAAAUCUGUGUGUGCGUAAAAUUGUGACGUGACGUGAUGUGAUGCCCAUGUGUGUUAUUAUCUGUGAAGACCAUAUUGUUAUAUGUACAGGUCUGAUGUAAUUUUUUUUUUUUUUUUUUUGUAUUGUAUUGUACAUAUUUGAGGACUACAUUCUCUGGAGACCUGUCUUGUUCGCAUGUAUUGCCCACGAUGAAAUUUUGGAUCUUCAUGCCUGAAGACUGGCCAUGUGAUGGCUAAGUGUUGACAUAUGUAAAAUCAUUUUAUGGUUUUACGUAUGCCUACCCUUUAUUAAUCGCAGCAGACAGUGCAAUUUAGAUGGUCAUAAAUGUUAGCACAUCCAAUCGCGUUUUUGUUAAUAUUUGCUACUGUACUUCUGAAGUAUUUUAACACUGAAAUCUGUGCUCCAUUAUGAUGGAUACUUCGACCUCAGUAGUCGGUGAGAUCGAGACCUCUUAGCACCUAUUCUGUCACUCUGCACUGCGACAGCUGCUUUGUGUUUCUUUUAAAUUGAAAAUGCUCUAUCACUUUUACUGAUCAAAAUGGCACUUCAGUUAAUGGGUCACGUACUUCGAAAAAUUUAUUGUGUUUACAUAUUUUGUGGUUCUUUUCGUAGGAAAUAAGUGACUGAUUAAUGAUAUUUUAGAUCUCCAUUAAUAUGUACGAAUAUCUGUAUUGAUCAGUCUACCUUUGGCAGUUGAUUUAAAAAUACUGUACAUUAAAGAGAAAUUCGUUUCUGCCAUCAGAUGUGCAUGAAACAUUUCGUUUAAGUAUGUUUCUAAAGUAAGGCGCAUGUUGUGAAGUCUUCUUGUUACAAAGUGUUAA